AUGUGUCGAUUCAUGGUCUACAAGGGCAAAGAUGAGAUACUGCUCUCAGAGCUCAUCCUCAACCCCUCGCACUCCAUCCUGACCCAAUCCUUCGACUCGCGCCUCCGUCUCGACCGACGCCGCCCACACAACGGCGACGGCUUCGGAAUCGGCUACUACACGACACCCUCCCUUGGUCCCACGCCCUGCGUCUUCACGUCCACAAUCCCUGCGUGGAACUGCAUAAACCUCUCCCGCAUCGCCACAAAAACCACGUCCAGCCUAAUCUUCGCCCACGUGCGCGCCACAACCGAGGGAAACCUCAGCGACAGCAACUGUCACCCUUUCAGCUACAAAACCCUCAUGUUCAUGCACAAUGGCGGAAUCGGCUGCUGGAAGCAGAUCAAGCGCCGGCUCGCCAUGGAUGUGGAUGAGCGCUGGUUCAACGUCGUAGGCGGGAGUACGGAUUCAGAGUGGGCGUUUGCUCUGUUUCUGGAUUGUUUGGAUAGAAGUGGUGUGUCGCCUGAUAAGGAGGUUGAUGCGGGCGUGGGGUUCGGUCAUACGGUGUUGAGGAAAGCGUUGCUGGCGACGAUUGAGCGGAUUAAUGGGUUCAUACGCGAUGUAGUGGGCAGCGCGGGGGUGGGCGAGGAGGAAGGGAGGAGUUUACUUAAUUUCGCGGUGACAGAUGGCGUUAGUGUGGUGUGUUCGCGGUAUGUGAGUAGUAGGACUGAUGAGGCUGCGAGUCUGUUUUUCAGCUCGGGGACUAGUUGGAGGGAGUUGCAGGGGAGUGGUGGGGUGCACUCAGGAGAGGCGGACGAUGAUGCGGAUAGGGAGAGGGAUUAUGUUAUGGAGAGGAGGGAUAAAGGGUCGGAUAUUGUGCUCGUGGCUAGUGAGCCGUUGACUUUUGAACGUGAUAACUGGGUCACUGUUCCGACGAAUAGUACACUCACCAUCUCGAAACAAACGGUCAUGAUUCAUCCCAUCGUCGAUGAAUUCUACAGCCGCAACCCGAGUCAUGAGCGCAGUGCCAACUUCGCCCAGCAAAAGGGGCAGACGGUUACCGGGAGCGAUAAGAGGGUGCUUGGGAAUGAGGUAGCAGUUGCUUAG